UCCCUCACCUCGGAACAAUCAAAAUCUUAGCCUCACAUUGGCAGGACCGAUUUUCUCUCUCCCAGAUAGACAACGCUGCCAUGGCAAUAAAGUGUGAGGCAGAUUUGAUAUUGUGUUUUGAAAAUCAUUGAUUUACUGGGCUAGUGAUGGAUCUCAACGCUCUUUUCAAGGGUAGAUUUUGUUGCUUUCUCAAGGACCCACUUGAAGAGGCUGAGACUUGGGGAGAGUCUGUGGACAAACUCCUGUGUAGUAAACCUGGGCAGGCAGCUUUCCGACAAUUCCUGAAGUCAGAGUAUAGUGAGGAGAAUAUCCUGUUUUGGCUGGCCUGUGAGGACUACAAGAAGAUCAAGUCUCUUCCAGAGAUGAUCUCCUCUGCUAACAGGAUCUACUCUGAGUUUGUGGAAUGUGAAGCACCCAGACAGAUCAACAUUGAUUGUGGGACCAGAGAAAAUAUCACCAAGAACAUCUCCCAGCCGAGCCUGACGUCCUUUGACGCGGCUCAGAAGCUGAUCUACAGUCUGAUGUCCAGGGAUUGUUACCCACGAUUCCUCAAGUCAGACAUCUACCAGGAUUUGCUUAGGAGAGCAGAUGCAAGGUGACUCUCUUAAAUGACAAACGCUCUAAGUGUUUCUCAACGUUUUAUGUACCACACACAAGCUAUAGUCCCUCCAUCCAUGGAGGACCACUUUGAUUAAAGGGAUGGUUUUAUUUAUUUUUUACCUUAUUUUCGACUUACCUAGGGUGUUGUUACCUAGGGUUUAGUUUAGCAAUAUCCAGAAUCUCCUGGCUAGACUGUUUUUAAAUGUAGCAAUGCAUGUGGAAAUGGAUUGUAUCGUUCCUUAAAAUAAGCACCUGAGAACUGACUAAAUGGCUGCCAGCUCACCAUUUAACCAGGAACUGGUCAAGAACAACCCAGAAGUUGAGAAACACAUUCUUUCAACUCUUUCAUCUACGCUAUGCUUACCAUGUUAUUGCAAUCCAUGUCCAAACAAUAUCAGAUAUAUAUUUUCUUUAACCGGUGACUACAUUUAAUGGCCUAGUGGUUAGAGCAUUGGACUAGUAACCGAAAGGUUGCAAGUUCAAAUCCCUGAGCUGACAAGGUACAAAUCUGUCGUUCUGCCCCUGAACAGGCAGUUAACCCACUGUUCCUAGGCCGUCAUUGAAAAUAAGAAUUUGUUCUUAACUGACUUGCCUAGUAAAAUAAAGGUCAAAUAAAAAAAUUAAAUUAAAUAUAGUAUAAUGUGUGCAAUGUUGUUGUAUUUAACUAAGUUAUUUGUAGAGACUAAAAUGCCAAAAUGUUGCCCCUUUGACUAUAAAUUAGAUGAUGAAUAAGUUCUUAAUUUGUAUCAAUAGUAUUAUCACUUCUGUAUGUAAUCGGAUACCGUCUGAAAUUGAAAUUAAAAUGAUCCGAAUGAAUCAAA